AUGCUUAAAUCUGACCCAAAGAAUGUUGUUCGAGACCUUGGUAAUUUAGUAGACACAGUAUUUGGACAUCCGAAAGAUAAUUUUGAAAAAGAGAGCAAAAACUUUGUGAAAGAAUUCGAGGAUGCGCCUGAUAAGUUUACUAGUGGUGUUGCUUCGUUGAGUAGGAAUGUUAAUGGGGUGUUGGAUAAAUGUGAAUGUAUUGAUCUUGUACAAAAUUUAAUCUCUACAGUAAAAAAUUCAAAACCUAAAUUUGAACAACUUAAAAAAGAGUUGGAUGAGCUGAAAAAGCGAAAAAGCACUAUAAUCGAUCCAUUUGCCAUCGAUAGACACGACUACACGAAAGAAAUUGAACAAUCCAAAAUCGAUUAUGAUAAAGUGAUGAAACAUAAAGAACAGGAAUUGAUUAAAGAGUAUCGCGUGUUGAUGGAGAAUGCUAUGAAGACUGUCGUGGUUGUUACCUCUGGAGGAAGUAUUAAUGAUGGUGGUGGUCGGGAUAGUGCUGGUAUUAGUAAUAGUAGUGAUUUUAUGUGA